AUGUGUACAGAUUUAACCCUUUUAUUAGUUUCAUUUUCUCAGGGGUUGCAUGAUGAAACAUUCUUCCUUCCUCGAAAACUGGAGAGACUUAUUUUCAGAGCUUCAACAAUGCAGAAAUCAAAUGACUGCUUUUUUUCUAUGGACACUUUGUUUUUUGAAAAACCAAGUAGAACUGAAAACUUUCCAGACAAUGAAAAAUCAUCAUCUUGGUUUCUCCCACCUGCUCCGUUGAUUUCAGAAAUUCCAGAUACUCAGGUGUUAGAGGAAGAAAUAGAAAGUCAUAAGCUACUAGGUCAGGAAAAGAAGCCCAAAGAAUUAACAUCAAAUUUAAAGAUCACUAAGGAAGACACAAAUUAUAUUUCACCAAUGCAAAACUUCCAAUUUGGCUUCCCCUCUAAUAAAUACGAAGACGAUAAUCUGUAUAUCGGAAGGGCACAUAACAAUGACUUACCACAUGUUGCUGGGAAGCUGACAUAUGGUUCACAGAAAUACAAAAAUUACAUUGGCACUGAAACAGCACCUGAGACAAAUGUCCUUGGUGACACAAAAUUAAUUAAUUUUGCAGACAAUAAAAGAGAGAGCACAUCAGCAUUCCAAAAAAGAUUAUUUAAAACAUCUGACAACAUACAUGGAAGUGCAAAUUUGAAUUCUCACAUUGACUCAGUGAAUAUUGUCCAAACAAAAGUUAACAAAGGGAAAUCAUGGAACAUUAGCAAUAAUAAACAGAAACACCAGUAUUCAGACAUUAAUCUUUUUACAGCAAGUGAUGCUUUUUCAGCCUCUGAUAUCAGAGAAGGCGUAUUAAAAGCACCAUCUUUUUCAGUUGCAUCCUGGUCUCAUACUACUCAAGGGAUGAUUGAAAAAGAUUUAGGCUCUUUGAAGCCUGUCACAGAAAUACCGGCAAAAUUUAGAAGUAUUUUCAAAGAAUUUCCAUAUUUCAACUAUAUACAGUCCAAGGCCUUUGAUGAUCUUCUUUACACAGAUAGAAAUUUUGUGAUCAGUGCACCAACUGGUUCUGGGAAAACUGUAGUGUUUGAACUAGCUAUAACAAGAUUGCUGAUGGAAGUACCAUUGCCUUGGUUGAGUAUUAAAGUUGUUUACAUGGCACCAAUAAAAGCCCUGUGUAGUCAGCGUUUUGAUGACUGGAAAGAAAAAUUUGGACCAAUAGGCUUGAAUUGUAAAGAACUCACUGGGGAUACUGUCAUGGAUGAUCUGUUUGAGAUUCAGCAUGCCCAUAUUAUUAUGACAACGCCAGUACACAUUGUAAAAGAUGAAAAUCGUGGUCCCACUCUUGAAGUUGUAGUCAGCAGAAUGAAAACAAUACAGUCUUUAUCUCAGAUUUUAGACAAUACCAGCACUAUUAUUCCAAUGAGAUUUAUAGCUGUGUCUGCAACAAUUCCAAAUGCUGAAGAUGUAAGUUAUAAUUUUAAUCUCUCAUUACACAACUUCAGCAUAUUUAAUAAAUUAUGUUUGAAGAAUUUGAAUGAUCUGUCAUCUUUAAAGUUGAUAAAUAUGAAUGAAGAUGAAUUCAAGCCAACUGAGAUAGGAAGAUUGAUGGCUUGGUAUUAUAUUACAUUUGAGACAGUGAAGAAAUUUUGUGCUAUCAGUGGGAAAGAAACUUUAUCAGAUCUGGUCACAAUGAUAGCCAGCUGCAAGGAGUUUCUGGAUGUCCAGUUAAGGAUAAGUGAAAAGAAAACACUGAAUAUUUUGAACAAAGAUCCAAAUCGGAUAACUAUCAGGUUUCCAAUGGAAGGAAAAAUUAAAACUAGAGAAAUGAAAAUAAAUUGUCUUAUUCAGGCUCACCUAGGAUGCAUUCCUAUACAGGACUUUUCUUUGACACAAGAUACAGCGAAGAUUUUCAGAAAUGGCUCACGAAUUACAAGAUGGUUGUCAGAUUUUCUGGCUGCUCAGGAAAAUAAUUUUGCUGUUCUAUUGAACAGUUUGAUUUUAGCUAAAUGUUUUAGGUGUAAACUUUGGGAAAACUCUCUGCAUGUAUCCAAACAGCUGGAAAAAAUUGGUAUAACAUUGUCAAAUGCAAUGGUAAAUGCAGGUUUAACUUCCUUUAAAAAAAUAGAAGAAACAGAUGCCAGGGAACUCGAACUGAUUUUAAGUAGGCAUCCUCCUUUUGGAACCCAGAUAAAAGAAACUGUGAUGCAUCUACCAAAAUACCAACUUGAAGUAGAACAGAUUACAAGAUAUAGUGAUACCGUGGCAGAAAUAUUGGUAACCAUCAUUUUAAGAAACUUUGAACAGCUACGAACUAAAAGGACAGCACCAGACUCUCACUAUGUUACCCUCAUAAUAGGCAAUGCAGAUAAUCAAGUGACUUUUAAGCACAAAAUUAUGGAUUCGGUUUUGCUAAAAGCUGGAAACUGGACAAAAAAGAUUAAUGUAAAAAGAGCACUUAUAUCUGACGAUCUUAGCAUACAUCUACUUAGUUCUGAAUAUGCUGGACUUGAUAUUCAGCAAAAAUUCACCGUCUUUUACUUAGGACCCAAGAAAUUUGGAAAUCAAAUAACUAUGCAAAGAAAAUCAGAAACAGAGAUUUCCCAUCCUAAACAUUUAGAUAAAUCUGUAGCAGAACCCAAUAAAGGAAUGACUGCCUACAAAAAACUGGGAAAGCGAGAAUGUAAUCAUCACUGUAAAAAUAAGCAUACAUGUGGACAUGACUGCUGUAAAAUUGGAGUUACACAGAAGUUAGAAAUGAAAGAUCCAACAAUUUCUUCAUAUUUAUCAGAUUUAAGAAAUAGGAAUGCUGUUUCAUCUCUUCCUCCAGUUAAACGUCUCAAGAUGCAAAUGAAUAAACCUCAAAGUGUGGACGUUCAAGAGUUUAGCUUUACUCCAAAAUCUUCCCUUCCCAGUAUAUCAAGGUCAGAAUAUUCAAACGCAUUUAAAUCGCAUAUAAUGGAACAGUGGGAUCAGAGUGAAAUUUGUGGAAAAUAUCACCAACAAGAACCAUCUGAAUAUCAAAACAAAGAAAUUUUGGAUGUGAACUUUGAAUUGGGAAAUGAAGUUUGGGAUGAUUUUGAUGAUGAAAACUUAGUAGAGGUGACUAACUUUUUAAUUGAAGCUGAUAAGACCAAAACAUCAGGAUUUGGAAACACUUUGAGUUCAAGUACCAGGGGAAAUAAGCAAACCCUCCAAGAGUCAAAGAGCCAGUUCCAAAGAGAAAUGUCAAAAAGUUUUCUUUCAUCGCAUGAUGAGUCAGAUAUUUAUUUAUCAAAUUCUGCUACUUCCAAGCUCAGUACAUCCUCCAUGAUGAAAUUACCUCUAGAAGCUGGAAAUACAAAUAUUGUUCAUUUCCAAGAAACAAAACAACAAAGUCUUUCACCUGAGAUUAAAAAGUUAUAUUUUACUCACUCUGAAAAUAAAUCAAAUUCUUCAAAGUUUACUAAGAAAAUGGACUUCUUUAUCAGGCAAAAUGAAUGUAAAAAGGAAAUUGAUUUCAAUAGAUAUCAUCCUAAUGAGGCAACUGAUGAAAUGAAAUCUUACCUGGGAAUAUUUGAUGACAUCUUCUAA